AUGCGCGCCGCGUCAUCGUUGCGAGUGCCACGCUGUCGCAUUUUCAAGUAUCAACGAUAUUUUUCAUCGACUUUCAUUCAUUCUGUAUAUCGAGCGUUCGAUCUAUCCGUUCCGAGCGCACGCAGAAUUUCCACGGGAAACGCUCUCGCGGUGUUCCUCUCGAAGACAUCGGUUGAAACGGUUCGACGGAUACGAAUCUGCUCGCGUUUCACUUUCGUCAGCUAAAGCUUUCAUGUUCGCUCGACUAAACCAGGCUGGUUCGCCCAACUAGUAUAGUCGCCGGUUCUUUUUAUCCAUCGGUCACGAAAAAAAGACCUUUUCCACCCGCAAACAACGAAACCGUCCCCCGUUCACCGGUGUGCUUCAUAGCUAAUUUUAUGCAUCACGGAAAGUUUAGAACCUCCGUGAGAAAUCACCGCGAUCGCAUUUCAACCGUCCCCUCCCAUCGUCGAUCCUCUCGCGAUCCUGAUCCUCUUUGAUCCUUAUCACGCGCGUGUCCUUCGAUCAUGACGAUCGACCGCCGGUCGUCUUGAUUCGGCUCGAGCUUGCUGAGAGACUAUGUAAAAAGGGGGGGUUCGAUCUGUUCGGUCUCGAGUUGUUAAAUGCAGAUAUUUUUCGAUGAGUCAAACAAGUACUGUUCUCCGAGUGUCGUGAGUGCGGACAGCGAAAGGGUGCCAGGGUGUCGACCUUGGGGUCUUCCUCCACCGAGUUAAGGAGACGGAAAAAAAGAAAGAGGCAACAGAGAGGAAAACGAAGAGUCGACCAUCGAAGAUGGAGAGUCGCGUGGAGGAGACCAACGCACCCUCGACGGUGUCCACCACGAGGGCCAUCGGGACACCCUCUCCGGUACCAACGGUGACCAUCAACGCGGUCCCUGCCGCUGGUCCCCUGACUUCCCUCACUUCCGUCACAUCCUGUUCCAUCCAGAAUCCCGUGGUCGUGGUUGCCAGUCCUCCGACCAAACACCAGCAAUCCGCUCCCGGAUUGCCAACUCUGGCCACGAUUCCAGCCGUAUCCGCUGUCAACGCUGUCAACGCUGUCAACGCGUCUCUACAGAAAAUACUCAGCAGAAACGCCAACGGCACGUUGGUGCAGACAUCCGUACCUCAAAACGAAGCAGAGCUACAGCUGUACAGGGUCAUGCAAAAGGCGUCCCUUUUGGGCUACUACGACACUCUUCUCGAAAUGGGUGGCGACGAUGUGCAACAAUUGUGCGACGCUGGAGAAGAGGAGUUUUUGGAAAUUAUGGCUUUGGUCGGUAUGGCAAGCAAACCCCUUCACGUCAGAAGACUUCAAAAAGCUCUGCAAGAAUGGCUAACAAAUCCUUCCCUUUUCCAAACACCGGUGGUGCCGACGAAUACCACCUGUAAGAAUCCGCCGACCAUAGGAUUCGCCUGCGCAAGCCCCAGGCCACAAGUGCAAAAUCUUCAAGGGUUCGCGGCGACAUCGCAGACGCAAACUCCAACGCCUUAUGUCUCGUCGCACGUGUCCCUUACGCCGUUGCCCUGCAGAAGCACCAGCCCUAUAGUGUCGGUGACGAGCGUAACAGCACCGGUCGCAUCAACCACCUUCCGGCAGAGCCCUAGCCCCAACGCACCUCUACCCUAUACAACCGCUCACAGUCCCGGUAUACUGCAGGUAGGAACUUGCGAAUCAUCGUGUGGCAGCGGCACGACACCUAGUCCCGGGGGUGGCGGUGGUGCACCUGCGAGCCCACCUCAACCGACUCCGACUCUGCUACAGUCGCAGAUACAGAGAUUAGCUGAGGCGGCCGAAAGACUUGCCGCUACGAUUCGUCCAGUCGAUCCGAAACCUCAUAACGUCAAGAAGAAGAUUUGUAAAAAUUUGGAGAUGGUAAUGGCUAUGCCUGACAGCGACCCACGACGAAUGGAAGAGAUCCGAAAGUACGCGGCAAUUUACGGAAGAUUCGACUGCAAGAGGAAACCCGAGAAACCACUGACAUUGCACGAAGUGUCGGUAAACGAAGCCGCCGCACAGAUUUGUAGGUUCGUACCUGCCCUUCUUACUAGAAGGGACGAACUUUUUCCUUUGGCCCGGCGGGUUGUCAGAGAUUCUGGGUAUCAUUAUUCAAAAAAUCAUUACCUAUCUGUGUCAAGACCGCGCGAAAACGGCGAGGAUAACGAAAACGAGCGUGCAAAGCGGCAAAAGCUCGAGCUUGAGGGUGAGAAUGAAGACGGGACGCAGGAGGAGCUGGAUCUUCGCUGUUCUGAAAUGGAUAUUAACAAUUCGACACUUACUAGACAUAGAUCAUCAAGUCCAGUUUGGAGGAAGAAGAAUAACAAUGGCAUAUUCAGCGGAAGUAUCGAAGAAAUAAGCGACUCGGACAGUCAACUUUCCUUCUCCAACGAAGAAUCGUCGUCGAUACAUGAUACCAACGAAGCUGAAGCAGACAAUACUGAUAAAGAAAGUGAUUUCAAUCUCAAGGUAAUAGCUUCGCGCGGAGACAAUAUAAUUGCAGUGGCAAAUCCUGCCCUGAUGGAAUGUAGUCAUCCUAUAAAGGAAGAACCAACGGACGAGAAACCUGCACUGUGAUAUUAUUUGAAAAAAUUAUAUUCUUUCAUUGAGAUGAUUUCAAAGAUUACAUUUCAGCUCGUGCAUUAAAAUUAAUAGUAUUAUUAUCUGUAUUUGAUUGUUGCCACGUUAUUUAAUAUAAUAUGUACUUACAUCAAUUUGUUUUAUCAGUUGUUUCUUUUUUGUCACUAAAUUAACAGGGUUAUGUUAACGCAAAAAUUGGCCGAUGCACAAUUCUAUUGAAUUCUUAAUACGAAUUAUAUAAAUUACAAAAUCUUUUUUAGACAUUGUAUAUAAAAACCAUACCUAAAUUAAAGAAAGAAACAUAAGUGGACUGAAAUAUAUAUAUAACAUGUUGUAUAACGUUAA